AUGCGCGAAGCCCGGCUCACCACCCCCUCCCUCCUCUCAACCUACAAUCAAGUCAUCCGCGGCUGCCGCAAAGAGCAACGCGCCCGCAAAGCGCGCUCCCCCGCCCUCGUCAACCGGCCCGAAGUGAAGGGCGUGUGUCUGCGCGUGGGCGUGGUGAAGCCGAAAAAGCCGAACUCGGGGGAGCGCAAAGUCGCGAGACUGAGGUUGAGUAGUGGGAAGCUGGUCACGGCUUAUAUUCCGGGGGAAGGACAUAAUGUGCAGCAGCAUUCGGUUGUGAUGGUUCGGGGUGGGAGGGCGCAGGAUUGUCCUGGUGUCAAGUAUCAUCUUGUAAGAGGGGCUUUGGACUUGGGAGGCGUGGGCAACCGAGUAACGAGCAGGUCAAAGUACGGGACGAAGAAGCCAAAGGCAUCGUGA